GCAGUCAUUCGCUGGCUAUGCCAAGGUUGAAGGCAUCAUAGCACACUAUGUUGCAACAAAUCGCGAGGGCGAAGCGCAUGGAUUUGAAGCCAUCCGCCUCAUCAACCGUGAACUGUCCAUACAGAGUCGGGCUGAAGCACUCGGUUUUCGGAGCUCGCUACUUUCACUGGUGGUUAAGGAAGAGCGUCUUCUGGAUGCAGUGCGUUCAGUAGAAACACAGCUUCACCAGUUCGAAGUGUUGCUUCGUUCAGCUUCAGGGCCCAGAGUCACGGAUGGCAUGGCUCUCAAUGAGGCAGACAAAGUCCUCAUUCUUUUGCGCAAUUUGCCACCAACAGUGCGCACAUAUGUGCAGCUACAUGGGCGAUCGUCAACAUUUGAGGAACUGAAGAACUCCGUUUUGACCUACGACCUCAACACCCGUGUUUUGGGAGACGUGAGCGCGCAGGUCAAUGCAUUUUCUGCUGGGAACCAAAAAGGCGAGGAGAAGGGCAAAGGAGUAGCACAGUCACGUAACGAUCAUGUUUCACCGUUGCCGGAGACAACGUUGGAAGCCCUGCGGAUGUCAGAAUCCACUGGCAUAGAGCUUUUAGCAGACCAGUGGCUCAAUGACUCAGGAGCUACUGCGCACAUCGUUUCACGAAGGCAUCUGUCAAGUUAUCGUGUGUUGAAGGAACAUCCCUCCCUUGGAUGUGAACUCAAGGCUGCAAAUGAUGGGAUCAUUGCUACGUAUGGCAUAGUCGACAUCGAAGUUAGAUUUUUGACUCAAACUUCUCGAAGUCAGGGGCGUGUCAAAUCGUUUGUGCUUACGAAGUGCAUCAUAGCAGACAUUCCGUUCAGUGUCAUCUCACCAUAUGCUUUGAAGGGGCAUGGAUGGGUGACGACUUUGGGAGACGAGCGGGAGUCUAAGAUGUCGAAAGGGGGAGCUUCCAUCAAGUUGGAGAUUCGAGAUCGUGCGUGGUGGGCAACUGCGCAGUUGAAGAAAGGCAUGGCGCCAACAGAUGCUGUGCCUAUGGAUGUAAGCACAGUACGGGCACCUGCAGCAGUCGAGUCUGGCGUCGCUGUAGUUCCUACGCCUGCCACCUCCGCAGUUCAACCAGACGGUUCCAAAGCACAGCAUGUCAACCCCAAGAGCAUCUUGAAAGCUACCACGUCAACUACCGAUGAAGGGGAUGUUCAGGGUCUUGACGCUGAGACUGGAGAGGUUGACUUAGAACUAGAGGGUGAUGAUCUCACGAAUCACAUUUCCAAUGGUUCGGACGUAUCAGAAAGCAAAGCCCAUGAAACCGUGCUGUUGGAGCUUAGACGAGCAGAGGCACCGCCUAGCACGCCUGGGCCAGCUCCCAUGGAAAUGGAUGCCUCCGGAGAUGGGGUGGAGGAUAUGGCCGUUGAGCCAUCCAGUGACGCUAUGGAGGUUGAUUUGUUGAUCGACUGGGUUACCAUGGAUUUGUCAGACAAGCUGUUGUCCUUGGAACAGUCGACUAAAGGUAGCCCUUGGUUUGAAGACGCUGUGUGUGGAAAGACUGCGUGGCAACAACUUCCCAGUGAGCCGGUUUGUGAGUCAACUGGUGCUGCUUUGUCCCAUGAGCAGGUUGAGGGCGCUAUGAGAAAGGAGUUCUCUCAGCGCACAAAGCUUGAGGUGGGGGUGCCCAUCAGUGAAAGAGAGGCUCGCGUUAUAGCGCAGGAAACUGGCACAAAAGUUCUGCCAACUAGGUGGGUUGUUGUCAAAAAGCAUGAUGGUCGCGUCCGUGCGAGGCUCGUAGUCAAAGAUCUCAGAUCCGCAGGUCUUCCUGCAGUUCGAGAAGGCCACUACAGCCCGACGUCUUCGCUUGAGAGCUUGCGUUUGCUGUUGGCCAUCAGUGCUCGUUUGGGCUUGUCGCUUGUUACCAUUGACAUUUCCACAGCGUUUUUGUACGCAAGCUUGUGUGGUGAACGCCAGGUUGUGAAGUUACCAUCCUCUUGCAAAGAUGAGCAGGGAAAUCCGAUUUUCCUCGAUUUGCUCAAGGCGCUUUACGGCUUGCGCCGUGCACCUGUGUACUGGUACAAAGAGUUGAAGCGUGCGCUGUUGAAACUAGGCUUCGAGGCAACAGCAGACGCGGCAGUUUUUCGACACUACUCAUCGGAAUUUGGUUUGGUUCUGGUAGUAGUGUACGUUGACGAUUGCCUGUUUGCAGGAGCGCACGAGUCCUGUUUGCACUUCAUUACUGCUCUGGCACGUGACUAUGAAGUUAAGCCUACAGGUGAGCUCAAACAUGGGUGCGUUGGUUGCGUUGAGUUUUUAGGAAAAGAAGUGAAGCGUGAAGGGUCGUUGUUGAUAGGGUUGCCUGCUACGUACUGGGACGGCAUAGAAACCGCCAGCGGCUUGACGGUCAAGUCGCAAGAGAACCCUCCGGACUUGUCCAGGCACGUUGACAGUGAGACGCCUGAGUUGGACACGGUUGGCGCUGAAAAAUACAGGACAGUUCUUGGCAAGCUUGCUUGGUACAGCUUGACGCUUCCGCUGUUGCAGUACUACGUUAGUUGGUUGAGUUGCUACCAGCAGAGGCCCACUGAGGCAUCUUGGACUGCGAUGCGUCUAGUAUUGCGGUAUGCCAAGAAUUUCCAAGGUACCUUUCAGGCCAUCACGUCGGGAACGCAAUGGCAAGGUGAUGAGCAACAAGUCCAUGGCAUUACUGAUGCAUCUUGGGCCGUUCGGAGUGUUGCUGGCGGCGUUGUGUUGUGGAGGGACACGAUGGUCAAAAGCUGGAGCAGGCGCAUCGCAACGCCGUACUUGAGCUCUGCUGAGGCCGAGCUGUUUGGGAUCGUGGAGUGUCCCAAAGAGUGCUUGUUCGUUGCGAUUUGCAUCCAAACUUUCCUGGAAGGCCUUCCUCCUCAGGAAGCUUGGCAGGAAUCAGGUGUCAUGAAGCUUGUGGUAUGGACGGACUCCGAGUCCGCAAAGAACAUAAGCAUGAUGCAAGGCUUGUUGCGACGUGUUCGUCAUCUUGAGCUACGUGUGAUGUUGGUGCAGCACCAUACUGACAGCGGAAGGCUGGUAGUCAGUUACGUUCCGGGGGCAGUCAACCCAACAGACUGCCUAACAAAGCCUUCUGACAGAAAGCACGCCCAGAUGCUGUCCGAGCUUUCAGGCUUGCAGCUGCCAACUGCCAUGAGGUCCUUGUUUGCCAGCGCCGCUGCUGUUCUGGAGAGCUUUCAGCCGAUGUCAGCUCAAAACCGCCGCCGUGUGACGGAAGGCUUGCGCAGAGCAUUGUCAGGCAUGAGUUUGUCUAUUGGUGCUUCAGCCUUGUCCGGCCAUUCGUCGUUCUUGAGCUCGGGACUUGGAGGGGGAAGCGCCCCGGCCACAGUUCGUCGCCAAGUCCGUUUUGCGCCGGGAGUGUAG